AUGCUUUUUGGCACUUUACUAGAGGAAAUCUAUAUGGAUUUGCCCCUUGGUUAUCAUAUUCAGAGGUCCACAAUUAAGGGGGAGCAGGCAGCAUCCAAGACAAAGCUAGUUUGUAAACUUCACAAGUCCAUUUAUGGCUUGAAACAAGCUUCUAGGCAAUGGUUUACAACAUUUGCAAAUGUCUUACUUCAAAUUGGUUUCUCUCAAUCUAAGUCUGAUUAUUCUCUUUUCACCAAAGGCACUGGAUCCUCUUUUAUUGCCCUCUUAGUGUAUGUUGAUAAUAUCAUCAUUGCUAGUGCAAACACUUCUCUGAUCUCAUCACUAAAGAAGGCUCUUCAAGACAGUUUCAAGCUUAAGGAUCUGGGCACUCUUCACUAUUUUCUUGGCUUGGAAAUCACAAGAUCCAAAAAGGGCAUUUUUCUGAAUCAAAGGAAAUACACUCUGUCUUUACUAGAAGACACUGGUUUUCUGGGAUCCCAACCUACGACACUUCCAAUGCAACCUCACCUCAAGUUGAAUUCCACAGAUGGAGAUCUUUUGCCUGAUAUUACUCAGUAUCGGAGACUUGUUGGUAGGCUGCUCUACUUGACUUUGUCACGUCCUGAUAUCACCUUUUGUGUUCAUAAGCUUAGCCAAUUCUUAUCCAAGCCAAGAACACCACACCUUGAUGUAGUACAUUACUUUCUGCGGUACCUGAAGGGCACACUAGGCCAAGGCAUUUUCUUAUCUUCCACAUCUUCAUUGAAGCUUCAUGCUUUUUCUGACGCUGACUGGGCCACUUGUCUCGACACACGCUGCUCCACAACAGGAUACUAUGUUUUUCUUGGUGAUUCCCUUGUGUCCUGGAAAUCUAAAAAACAGGGUACCGUGAGUAAAUCCUCAGCUGAAUCUGAGUAUCGCGCUUUGGCAGCAGUAGCAUCUGAACUUACCUGGUUGCAUUACUUGCUGAAUGAUUUUCAAGUCCAAACUGGUUCUACUGCUGUCUAUUGCGACAAUCUAGCUGCUAUUCAUAUAGCUUCUAACCCUCAAUUUCAUGAACGCACAAAGCACAUCGAACUCGAUUGCCAUUUUGUCAGAGAACAGGUUGAAGCGGGCCUAUUACGACUGGUUUCAGUUCGCACUCACCAACAACUCGCGGACAUUUUCACUAAGGCUCUGCCAUUACCCUCUUUUAGAAGUAUAUUAGGCAAGAUGGGAAUUCUCAAUAUUUACAUUCCAUCUUGA